AUGCUCUCGCCAAUUGUAAUACUUCUUGCUAUUGGAAUUGCGGUCGCUGAAGAUUGUAAAGGAUGUGUUUCUUUGGAUUCUUAUUCCUUUGAUAAGGUAUCUUAAUUUUCGCAAAUGUACAUAUAUUUUUUUCUUUUUUAAGAGAUCAGAGAUAUGAACUUUACUUAUCCGAUUCUUGUGUAAGAUUGCCGAACUAGUUAUUUAAAAACGAAUAAAAGUAAUUUAUUUAUUCGUUUGUUUUUCUUUAUUUUGUUAAUUAGACAACUUAGUCUCAUGGUUACAGAACGCUUAGUUAAGUUAGAGGCAUGUUUGUAUUGUAAACGUAAAAAUUUAUAAGAUAGAAAUAUAAAUAUAAAACGAAUCAAUUAUAUUUCAGUAUACAUUGUCUGUUAAUAUCUUACAGAAAACGAUAAAGCAGAUUAAGCACAGACUGUCCACUUUUUUUUACGAAUCUGUUAUUGAUUUAGGCAUGUUCUUGUAAAUAAAAAUAUUUAUGAAAAAUAUUCUUUGCUCGUAUAUAACAAGUAAAAUGUUCGUGAUAUAGGUGAUACCGAAAUUCAAAACAGCAGUUGUUAAAUUUGACGUGGCAUUUCCGUAUGGGGAGAAACAUGAACAGUACGCACAGAUAGCCGCGGCAACAAAAAACUCUCACGAUCUAUUGGUUGCUGAAGUGAGAGUAAAAGAUUAUGGCAAUAAAGAUAAUUCUGAUCUCGUCGCUCGUUAUAAAAUAAAGUCCGAAACAUUUCCCGCCGUUCUUCUAUUUCUUCAAGGAAAAACAGAACCAAUUCCAUUCGUUGCAGAGAAAGAAACGGAUUUUACCGCGGACAAUAUUAAGCGAUUUAUUAAAAUGAAGUCCGGAGUGUAUCUUGGUCUUCCUGGCUGCGAAAUAUUAAACAAGGCCAAAGUAUUUGAAGAAACACUACCUGAAACGCAACGUGCGGCCGCAAAGGUUUAUGUUAAAACAAUGGAAAGAAUAUUGGAAAGAGGAGACGUCUUUGUUCAAACAGAACAAACUAGAAUAGAAGGCAUAUUAAAAGGAAAGUUAUCGAAUGAAAAGAAACGCACAAUGGAAGAAAAACGUAAUAUUCUACAUUCCUUCUUGUACAGAGACGAAUUAUGA